AUGGAUCAAAGUUGGGCUGCUGUGGCGCAGGAUAAGAAAUCUCUGAAGAAAUACGAUGUUGAGAUCUUGGAAAAAGGGGGGAAACAAACUGUGAAGAUUCCGGAAGAGGUAAUCACUAAAUCGACUCCGAUUUGGGAUGAUUUUUUAGUUGUGAAGUUUUUGGAUCAAGCUCCUCAUGUAGCAAAAGUCCAUAUGGUUCUCAAUAAGAUCUGGAAAUAUGGGGAUCUAGCAGCAAAGGUGGAGGUAUAUGAAGUUAAUGAAACGAUGAUGAGGUUCAAGGUUUUGAAUCCUAAAGCAAGGGAGAAGAUUAUCAGGCGUGGGAUGUGGAACAUUGUGGGGAUUCCGAUGAUUGUCAGUAAAUGGACACCACGUUCUGAAGAAGAGAAGCAAGAGGAGGAUAUGAUACCCAUGUGGAUCAAUCUUACAAAGGUUCCAUUGCAUAUGUUCUCUUGGGAGGGCCUGAGUCUCCUGGCGAGUCCAGUGGGUUUCCCAGUUAAGCUUUAUCCGGAGACACUUGCCUGUACUGGCUUUGAAGUGGUGAAGAUUUUUGUAAAAGUGGAUGUUACAAAAGUUUUGCCAAAGGAGAUGAGUUUUACAAGUAGAGGUGAGGAGUUUACAGUGGAGUUUGAUUAUCCAUGGCUUCUCUCUAAGUGUAAACAUUGUGACAAAUGGGGACACUCAGAGAAGGUGUGUGCUAUGGUGAAAGUGCCACAGGGGAGAAUUGGUCGUUCACAACCAAGUACCCCGAAACAAAUAGGGAGUGAGAUGCAUAUAUCCUCGUCAAAGUAUAGUAUUUUGAGCACUAAUAAAGAAGAGGAAGAAGAAAUAGUAGAGGAAGGGAAAGAAAUUAUUGAGGAGGAAGGUAAUGUGGAUGUGAUAGAGGAAAUCUUGGUGGAAGAUAAGAUUGGGGAUGAAACAAGGGUGAAGGAAGGGAAAGCAGGGAAGAAUGAAGAUGAUUUUUUCUGCACUUUCAUAUAUGCUAGUAAUGCGGUUGAAGAGAGGAAGGUGUUAUGGGAGGAUCUUCAUGAUCAUCAUUCUUCUCCGAUGUUUCGAGACAUGGGUUAUCAAGGGCCACUUUAUACAUGGUGCAAUAAAAGAGAGGAGGGAGUGAUUUGCAAGAAACUUGACAGGGUUCUGAUGAAUGGUGCUGCUCUGAAUAGGUUUCAGAAUGGAUUUGCAAUGUUUGAGCCAGGGGGUUGCUCUGAUCACCUGCGGUGCAAAAUCCAGUUGAAGCCACCAGUGGAAAAGAUAAAGAAGCCGUUUAAAUAUGUGAACGCAAUUGGGAGUUUAUCAGGUUUCCUACCUAUGAUUCAGGAAUACUGGGAGUCGACUGAGGUUCUUUUCCAUUCUACUUCUGCUAUGUUCAGAUUCUCAAAAAAGUUAAAGAACCUGAAACCUCUUAUUCGUACGCUGGGAAGAGAGAAGCUAGGUAAUCUUACAAAGCGAGCUCAGGAAGCCUAUGAAGUUCUUUGUGAAAAGCAGAAGAAUACUUUAGUUUUGGCUACGGAUGUAAGUGUUCAAGAGGAGGCAGAAGCUUAUGAGAAAUCGUUGUUUGUGGCUGGGUUAGAAGAAGAUCAUCUUAAACAAAAAGCCAAGUUGCAUUGGUUGGAAGUGGGGGAUCUCAAUAACAAAACUUUUCAUAACUCUAUCCGAGCUAAAAGAGCACAAAAUGCUAUGAGAGAAAUUCGCUGUUCUGAUGGUAGGAGGGUUGUAACUCACGAGGAAAUAAAAGGGGAGGCUGAAAGACAUUUCUCUGAGUUUCUGAACCAGUGUCCUGAUGACUAUAAGGGUGUGUCUGUAGAUGAACUAAAAGAGCUGUUGCAGUAUAGAUGUUCUGAAGAGGAUGGUAGAUACUUGGAUGCGGAGGUAACUGGUGAGGAGAUUCGCAAGUCAGUGUUCAAGUUUAGCUUUCUCCCGAAAGGUGUGAACUCUACAAUUCUUGCUCUGGUUCCGAAGAAAGAAGACUCGUUGGAGAUGAAGGAUUUUAGGCCAAUAUCUUGUUGUAACGUCUUGUACAAGGUGGUUUCAAAGAUACUGGCUAAUAGAUUGAAGAGAAUUCUUCCCAAGAUAAUAUCUGAGAACGAGUCUGCUUUCAUUGAGGGGCGUCUAUUGAUGGAGAAUGUUCUCUUGGCUUCUGAGUUAGUGAAGGACUAUCAUAAGAGUUCAGGAUCGCUGAGGGGAGUUAUGAAGAUUGAUAUUUCCAAGGCCUUUGACUCAGUACAAUGGGACUUUGUUUUGAAGAGCUUAGAAGCUUUGGGAAUCCCAGAGAAGUUCAUUGGUCUGAUCAAGCUCUGUAUAUCCACGGGUUCUUUUUCAGUACAAGUUAAUGGGGAUUUGGCUGGAUACUUUCAAAGUUCAAGAGGGUUGCGCGAAGGGUGUUCUCUUUCUCCAUACCUAUUUGUUUUAUGUAUGAAUGUGCUCUCCAAAAAGAUUGACAGUGCCGCAGCGGUAAGAGCUUUCAAGUAUCAUCCUCGCUGUAAGUCCCUAGCUCUUACUCACUUGUGUUUUGCGGAUGAUCUGAUGAUAUUCGUGGAAGGAUCUAAGGAGUCAGUCCAGGGAGCCUUAUCUGUCUUUGAUCAGUUUUCUGAGUGGUCGGGUUUGAAGAUUAGCAUUGAGAAGUCUACGUUGUAUCUCUCUGGGGUCUCUGAAGGGGAAGAGCGUAGAAUAUUAUCAAAUUUUCCUUUUGCGAAGGGUGAGCUCCCAGUCCGUUAUCUGAGACUGCCUUUGACGACCAAAGCUAUGCGACAGCAAGAUUACUUUCCUUUGGUGGAGAAGAUUAGAUGUCGGAUUAGCACAUGGACGAGUAGGUUUCUCUCUUAUGCCGGGCGCUUGCAGUUGGUCAAAGCUGUGAUAAUGAGUUUGGUAAAUUUUUGGGCUUCAGUCUAUCUACUUCCUAGUAAAUGUAUUCGGGAUAUUGAGCGAAUCUGUGGAGCAUUUUUGUGGUCGGGUCCAGAACUGAAGUCUACCGGUGCUAAAGUGGCUUGGUCAAUGGUUUGUGGGGAAAAAGAGGAGGGAGGUCUGGGCAUAAGAGAUCUUAAGGUGGUGAAUAGAGGGAAAUGGAUAAGGAGUAACCUAUUAAAGCAAAAGAAUUUCUGGGAGAUCAAGGAGGAUACGCAGAUGGGGUCUUGGAUGUGGAGAAAGAUGAUCAAAAUGAGAGGAGUUGCAAGGAGUUUUCAUAAAAAAGACUUGGGGAAUGGAAGGAAUACUUCUUUCUGGUUUGAUCAUUGGUCUGAGAAGGGAGUUCUAAUUACACUGUUGGGGGAAAGAGGUAUAGUAGAUAUGGGCAUUAAACGUGAAGCCACAGUAGCAGAAGCUAUUAUGAGAGAUAAAAGGAGGAGAAGUUAUCGUUCUUUGGCUCUUAGGGAAAUUGAGGCAGAAAUGGAGACUGUUCAGAAAAAGCUACGAGUGGAGAAUGAGGAUGUAAAUAUGUGGAGGGAUGGGUCGGGGUAUAGACAAAAAUUCUCAACACAUGCUACUUGGAUGUUGCUUCGUUCGCAAAAGGAGAGGUGUAGUUGGGCUAGGAGUAUUUGGUUCUCAAAGGCGACUCCUAAGUAUGCGUUUGUUUCAUAG